UUUUUCGAUUUGUUAAAAAAAAAUAACAUUCAUCUAUAAUAUUCUAUGCAUUAUUAUCCAAACUAAAUUAUAGUCAAAACUUUAAAUUCAUAUCAGUAUUUUACUAUCUUGGUUAUUACGUAACGUUAUGCUAAGAUUUUUUGAUAGUACUGGAAUUUUGUGAUGUAGUUAUGCGUGUAUUACGGCCACUAAUGACUAUAUUUAGAAAAACUGUUCUGUCGAAUAAAAGCUAUCAGUUGCGACAUCCUUUUACCACUGCGCUUGUUUGGAGAGCCAUGGAAGACAAGGAGUCGAUAAAAAAAAGAUUAACGCCACUCCAAUAUCAUGUCACGCAGGAAGCAGGAACCGAGAGACCUUAUACCGGUCGUUACAAUAAAUUUUAUGAGGAAGGCCUAUAUGUGUGUAUAGUUUGUAGACAGGAAUUAUUUACAUCAAAAUCAAAAUAUGAUUCUGGAUGUGGUUGGCCAGCAUUCAAUGAUGUUCUAGCUAAGGAAAAAGUAACAUUACGCCAGGAUACCAGUGCUGUUGGGGCGAAUAUAUUACUGGUUUUAACACGACCAGGUAUGGUGCGAACUGAGGUGCGAUGCUCCAAGUGCUCAGCUCACCUUGGACACGUGUUCAAUGACGGGCCGGCACCCACCAAGAAACGUUUUUGUAUUAAUUCGGCAUCUAUUGACUUCAUACCGGCGGAGGAGAGAAAUGAUUAGAAAUUUCUUGUAGAGAAUUGUCUACUCAAUGUCAUCAAAUUGUACUUAACUGUAUGUUCACAAUACCUAUUUACAAAUUAUUUCUAAUAUUUAUUUAUGUAAUAAAUAAGAGCGGUUACUUAUAAGAGCCUUUUGUUCCAAUAAUAAUUGUAUAAAUGUAAUGAGGUUAUUUUUAAUUAUAUAAUUAUAUUUAGGCUACAAUUUGUUAUUUUGCAUAAUGUAACAUUGGUUACCACAUUGAAGUCAUGAUAAAUAUAAUUCUAUUAUCAAAUAUUGUUUAGUAUCCUUGUAAGAUGUGUAAUAUCUACUGAUUAUGGCUUGUGACUAACAAUAAAUAUUUUUGUAAAUAA